AUGAAAUUCAUCGGUGCCCUCGCAGCAGCUCUUUCCAUCUUUGUUGCAACAUCCCUGGCAGCUCCCGCAUCCAUCAACCACAACAAUGGUCUCGUCGACUCUCUCGCCAGCACCGGCGCCCUGCCUCUCGGAAACACCCUCGGAGGAGCAGGAGGUGCCAUCAACGGCCUUAGUACCCGCUCGACCUCGCAAAACAUUGGAAAAUCCAUGAUCCCAAUGACCAAACGCAACAACAACCUCCACGUCAACGCGAUCCUGGACGCGAUCCUUGAAUCAAACACAAAAAUAAUUGUAAAGGCGCUCGCAAAGCUCAAACUUGACCUUUGUUCCGACAUCCACGCAAAAAUCAAAGUCCUCGCCACCGGUUUACUCACCACCAACCUCGACAUCCUCAUCCCCAAGAUCUCGGCAAAAGUCAAUGCCGAGACUAACGCCGCCAUCAACACUAAAGUCGAACUCGAUACCCAGUCCCUGGUCAAGGACAAGAUCCGACAGCAUGGAUUGCAUGCGAUUCACAAGCAUUGUCCGCAUGCGGAUGAUCGGUGUCUGCGCAAGCAUGCCCGUGAGAUUGUCGAGUGUGUCGAGCGAGCGGUUCGGGGGGAUGUGUUGCACCUGUUUGUGGCGCUCAAGGCUAACCUGAUGGCGCACGUCCGCGCAAAGAUUGCAGUCGUAGUGAGGGAUUUAGGCGUGAACCUGUUGGUGGAACAGAUUCAUGUCCAGGGAUUUGUCGAUGCGGUCGCAGAGUUGGACGCGCAUUUCGAUAUGUGCUCUCAUGUCAUUGUCAAGGGCUUGCAUGUUGAGGUCAAGCCUCAUGCCGUUUCCUCCAUCAAGUCCAUCUGUCGUUCCCGUUAA